GACUGUGGUUUGUCUGACCUACACUGCUACAAAAGCACAAAUACAGUAACAGUCAAAAGUGUGGAGACACUUGCUCAUGCAGUUGAAUGGAAAGAUGUGUCCAAACUUUUGACUUUUUACAAAUAUGAAAAUUAAAAUUACUGAAUUCUGAUGCAUUCAUUUUUAUUUCAAUAGAAAAACUUUUUCCCCCAAAAAAAUCAAAAUUAUUGUAAUGAUUACUGCUUGGUUUACUGUCUUAAUAAUACAAGACAGUACGCAACAUUUUUAAGUAAAGCUAAGUAGGCAUCAGGCAGUAGAGGUCGCUGUCAAUUUUUACCAUGUACUCCAUAAACCGCCAGGCGCCAUCUUUAUUUUGGUCAAGUGACGUCUAAUUUUGACGACACGCUGUUCUUUUCUAUGAUUGGUUGAAAGAGUCGACGCAAAAGGUCACGUAUAUUUGGCGCUCUUCCUUCACAACUGGUCUGGCGCGGUUUUGAAACAGUCAUACGGAGUCAUGUCUUUUCAACGACAAACUUCCAUAUUUUAGCAAAACACAACUUUAGGACUUCCUCUAUGUGUUCGCACGUUGGAUGGCGACAUGAGGGUGAUGAACGGACCUGUUUUGGGAACUGUUGAGUGGCAAAGUUCGACCGAGUAGUCUAGCUUGUUUUGCUAGCUUAUUGUUUUUCCAGUGUAUUACAUUAUAUGCUAUCAAACAAACAAAUGCCCGCCUCGGCCUGUGGAUGUUUCUUUUGCUGUCGACCCCGGGACGUAAGCUGGACAAGGAGUUGGGAUUGUUUCUUAAGUUUCUAGUGUUUACGGUCCCUCUAAAGUAUGGCUGGUGUGGUGGCAAUGGCAUCUGUCAUAGAGGACUUUGACACCCAGCCUUGCAAGAAAUCUAGCAAAGAUGGUGGCAAUGCUGUUGUCAAAACGAUCACCAGCUACUUCUCCCCUGUGGCCAAAGCUGUAGAGAAACCUUUCUCGCCCCCUCGCUCCAAUAACAUCAUGAACUACUUCAGCCUUGGAGGACUGACCUCCAAAGUGAAGACCAGCCCAUCAGAACAGCCUAAGGAGAUCAAUAAUACGUCUGCAGAGAAACACGUCAGUGCAGAGGUGGCAGUGAAGCAGCCAUCUCUCAAACGGAGAAGGAAAGCCACUAAAGCUGCAAGGAAACUUGUGGAAGUUGAGGCUGUUACCUUGGCCGAUGAUGACAGCUGCUUUAUUGUGGAGGAAUUGCGUGAAAAGAUGAUGUCCGAGAGGGAGGCCAGCAGCUUGUGCGGUGUCCUUGGUAGUGAUACUGCUGUGCUACUGGCCCAACUUAGCUCUGAGACUUGUAAUGGAACCCAAGACACACAAAGAGAUCAUGAACAUCUUGAUGAUGCCUCUUAUAAUGGAAAAAAUACAUCCUCUUCAGUUGUAAAGGACACAUUUGUCAAAAUGCCUUUACGCAAUUCAAGGAAGAGCAAACAAAAGGAGGUAAAUCUUUCUCAAUCCCGGGAGAAAGUGGCGGUCAGUUCUCUCUGUGAGGCCAACAUGGAAGUGGAUGUGAGCAAAGACUCUCAGUUGAACAGUAGCACUGUUAUGGUCUCCUUCGAGGAUUUUGUGCGCAGUCAGAGUGAGGACAAGGGUGCAGAAUAUGCACAGUGUGAGGGAAAUAAAGCACUUAAAGACCCUGGAAUGGACAUCUCCAAAUCUGAAGAGGAAGCUAAGGAGCUGUGUAUGCAAAUCUCCCCUCGAACCAUAACCAUAGAGGCUCAAAUGCACACCGAGGCACCAGGGAAGCCUGCACAAAAGACAUCAUCACUAACCGACACGAGAAAGGGUGCAAGAAGCCCUGUAAAGAAAUCUCAGCCGACAGGUAAGCGGAAAUCAAAUGUUGUUCUUGAAGAGGAUGAUCUUGACUUGGCUGUGCUUGAGAGUGAAUCCACGCCUAAAUGCCCCGAUGCAGAGAAGAGGCAGUUCAUAGCUGCAUUCAGGCAACCCAGUUUGGAUGGGUCUAAAGCAAAGCCGGGCAAGAACCAGGCCAAACAAAAGCAACCCACAGAGAACGAUGUUGAUACAGUCACAACAGAGGGAAGUGAAACCCAUGAAAACAAAAAAAGCCCAAAACAAAUGAAGAAUCCAAAAUCACAAAGAAUAGGCAAGAAGAAGGCAGAGGAGACUUUGACCCCUAAAUCUCAAGACAAUGGACAAGAGCAAGAUGCUUCAAGUCCCCUCUUCCCUGCUGUGAGGAGGUCUAGAAGAGAGGCUGCGGUCAGACAGGCCCCCAAAGCUUCACCAGCACCUGGAGAUGUUUUGAAGGAUUCUGCUGCUUCUUCCAAAGAGACCCUUGUUAAGUUAGCCACUCCUAAAACUCGAAAGUCCAAACAUGGAGUCUACGUAGUGGAGAUGGUUUGUCCUCCGGACUCUAAAGAGAGUCCAAUCAGGAUUAAAUUGACAAGAGUUCAUCAAAAUGUAUGUGGAAGUGGCAAAAACUCUCCACUGACCUCUAAUGCAUCAAAUGACUCAAAAAAGCAGAAGAAGGCAAAGAAACUGGUGGAGAAAGAAAAAGCCGUUCAACAGACUAAGAAAGCUCCUGCUGCUAAGGUCAACACCUUAAGGCGUUCAUCAAGAACCGAGGCCGCCAUGGCAAAGAGUUAUUGUGAAGACGAGGAUUCUGUCAUCUGCCUGGAUGAGGAAGAGACUGCUUCUCCCCAGAAUGGACAACAAAAGAGUAAAACUCAGAAGUCACUACGCAGCCUCAAUGACGUUCUGGGCAAAGCCACUAAAGCUCCUCCAGUUGUGAAAGGCUCCAAGGUUGCCGUGCUGGGCCAAGAGAAGAACACUCGUAAGUUGUCUGUUGUGAGUUCCAUCUUUGAUGAGAACAGCCAAGAGGGUUCGGAAAACUCCCAGGAUGAUGAAGAGUUCAGGGCCCGCAGAGAGUUCCUGAAAAGCGGUUUGCCUGAAUCCUUCAAGAAGCAAAUCGCCAAGGCCUGUGCCACCAAGGAGGCGUAUGCCAUUUCCUGUUCCUCUUUCCAGCCUGUCAUACAUUUGACACAACCGUCCACUGAUUGCCCUCUCUGGCGUCUACCCUGGCCUGAGUCUCCAAAACUCUGUCAUCUCAAAGAGCUUUGCAUCCAAGUGACCAAGCCACCUCCAUCUCUGAGAGGGUCCUUUGCUGUGAAAAACGAACCAGACAUCAGAGUCUUCCAUGAACGAGGCUCUGGCUGGAGGCCUGAGAUGUCAGAAAAUGUUCGCCAGAUUCUUGUGGACGAGGUCAGCGCCUCUAAUCCUCCUUUCCCCUGUAAGACAUGGCUGUCUCGCCUCUUGGCCAGACGUGCCGAUCACAAGCAUCACUCAGAGGCACAAAGCACAAAGUCAUCAGUGGAGCCCGUAGGCGGGAAGAGGAAGAGAAUGGAUGAUGGGGGGUCCACAGUAGCUAAGAAGCAGCGGGCCACCUGUCCAGAAGUUUCUACCCUCAAGCCGGAGCCGCCUGAGAGGGGAGGCCGCACGAGACGAACUCAGAGAGGAGCCAAACUGGAAGCGGGUGCAAGAAAAGACAAGCUUUCACCUGGAACAUCAAACGAUGUUGUGGUUGUGCUUGAUGACUUGUCUGAGGACACCGGGAGAGAAGAGGGAGCAAAAGAGGACGUCUUGUGGACAGAAAAAUACCAGCCGCACCACUCCAGUGAUAUAAUUGGCAACACAUCUUCAGUGCGGUGGCUUCAUAGUUGGCUGAGGCAAUGGAAGCUCCAGGCAGACAGGGAGGAGAGGAAUAAGCAGAAGGAGAAGAAAGAAGAGGAAGGCAGCAAUGACUCUGAAUGGGACUGUGGAGAGGACUCUCCCCUGUUUGCAGAGGACUCUUUGUGCAAUACAGUCCUCAUCACAGGACCUAAAGGGAUAGGCAAGACGGCCACAGUCUAUGCUUGUGCACAGGAGCUGGGCUUUAAGGUAUUUGAGGUGAAUGCUUCCUCUCAGCGGAGUGGCCGUCUCAUCCUUUCCCAGCUGAAGGAGGCCACCCAGUCACAUCAGGUGGACAGCCAGGGUGUCAACGCCCUCAAGCCCACCUACUUCAACAGCUACAAUGCCAGCAACAGCACCGGCAAGCAUGGGUUCUCACCCAGGAAGCUGAACUCUCCUCGCAGGGUCAUCUCCUCUCCUAGAAAACCUCCCCAGUCCCCGAGAGGUGCUAAAAAAGGAGGCCUGGCACCAACAUCUUUAGCUAACUUCUUCAAAAUGGGCCGAACCAGCAAGAAAGAACCGCUGAGUGCCAAUCAGGAUGACCAAAAGGCUUCAACCAAACAAAAUAAAGCACAAGAAGACACCCCUAAAGAAAAAGAGGCCAAAACCAAAUCACCUGCAACUGCCGUAGUGAACAAGAACAACAGUGAGGAGCAGAGCAAGAAGAUGUCUCCCACCUCGCUUAUUCUCUUUGAAGAAGUGGAUGUGAUUUUUGACGAAGACGCUGGCUUUUUUGCCGCCAUCAAGACAUUCAUGAGCACCACCAAAAGGCCGGUCAUCCUCACCACUAGUGAUCCUGCGUUCAGCACCAUGUUUGACGGCAACUUUGAAGAGAUCCAUUUCAAAACACCCUCUUUGCUGGACGUGAGCUGCUACUUGCGCCUGCUGUGUCUGGCCGAGGACACAAGGACAGACCAGCGUGAUGUCAGCGCUCUGCUGCAAAUCAACGGCUGUGACAUCAGGCAGAGCUUGCUGCAACUGCAGUGUUGGAUUCGCAGUGCUGGUGGGCGCCACACAACCACACCGUCACCCGACGCCAACCUUAAUGGAACUGAACAGAAAUCCGAUCUAUGUGGAGAGCAAGCACAUGACCUGACUGUUGCAUCACCGCAACCUCCAUGUGAAAGCGGCUGCGCUGAGAGCCUGCUGGGCCUGCUGAAUAUCCAGCCGGAGGGAGACAUUUGGGAGCUGCUUGGGAGUCAGAAAGAUGUGGCGAAGUGCUGGGAGUUGCUAACAGAGAGCAGUCGACGAGGAGUGAACCUUCUUUACUCCAACAUGGAGAACCUCUUACCUUUACCCUGCACACAGUUGACCCCCGCCUAUAAAUCCCAGCCCCCCUCUGUUACUGUGUCCACCUGCCCUCAGUCUGACACAGCACCUUCCCACGCAAGGCUGUUGGACUCCGCUGAGUCGGCCGAAUGCCCAGGCGACGGAAGUCCAGUUAAAGUGUCCCACAGGAUGAAAAAGAGCAGGAAAAGACGCUGCUUUCCUGACCAGGAUGGAUGCCACUCAGACUCUGACUCAGAGGAGAGUUUCCUCUCUCUCUGCAAGCCGAAGACAGCACCACCUCCUGCUGAGGCAGAAACCAACGCAAGUUUAGUUCCACAAAGGGUGAAACGGGAACCACUGACUCCUGAAGAGCGGCUAAAAAAUCUCCCUGUCUCCAAGUGCCUGGAAUUAAUAAGUGACUUUUUCGACAACAUGUCUGACAUAGACGCCCUGCUUGCUCAUCAUGGGAAUGAUGUCUGUAGGAGAAACCUGCCAGUCAGCGCAGCAGUAAAGGAUGGAAUGACGGACGAAUUGAGAACAGAGAUGGACACACUGAGUUGGGUAUUGGGCGAGCAGGCGUUGGAGAUACAGGCUGCGGCGGAGGAGAUGAGCUUCCGCAAGUGUCAGCUCUCUGCAGCGGAGGCUUCGGGCCAAGUGCAGCAGCUGGAGGUGGCGGAGCAACUGGUCCUCCCUGUGGCUUCUCAUCGGGAAGGAUGCAGCGUCACUCAAGUCAGCCUCUGUCAACCCCAGUUGGUGCAGCAGAGGAGAGAUAUCAUAGAGCGUCUGUUGUUCAGCGGAGCGUUUGGCACUGUGGGCAACAGAUCUGCAGCUGCUGUGGACUACUUGCCAGCCCUACGCACCAUCUGCAGGUCAGAGCAGCUUAAGGAGCAAGGCAAGGUGAAACGAAGGUUUCUUCACUACUUGGACUCCAUCAAUUUGGGUCUCCCUAAGGAUACUCUCUCAUACCUUGCCACAGACUUUUAACAAUCCUCAGUGAAGGCUAUACGCAUGCAUGCUUGUGAACCUUGUAUACACAAUUAAGGGUUUGAAGAUCAAUUGGAAUAAUGCAGAGCUGUGUGUGACUAGUGAACUUGUAGACUCACAUCACUUCUCUCACAUAGGGCUGGUGCCACUUGCGCAUAGGGGGCUUUGAUAGACUUCACUAAAAUAACUAUCUUAUAUUUUUGUACAGUGUUUUAUACUCCUGCAUUUUUGCCACAUUUUUUAUCAAGUAGAAACUACUUUUUAGAGCAAGUGUCAAUCAUUUGUAAGAAUCUAACAUGAAAAAUAACAUUUGUGUAAAUUGGUGUUGACCACAUAAAGUAUUUAGGUAGGAAUGGCAGUCUUUUGACGCCCACAUGACAUUUUCACAUACUCACAUUUUUUAAUGUAAAUAUAUAUGUAUAUAUUUCUUAAAUUUGUACACAUUCACUUUGGGGCUUUGUGGUGAC